CUGUAUGCUCGACUUUGUGGAUUAGCUAACAGCUCGUUAUUUAGCUCAGCUAGUUGGGGUUUGUUUGGUCACACAGCUUUCAGGAUGUCAGGGCAAGAAAACAGCGAUACUCUCGAGACUCUGUUUUCAUUUGAGCUUUUGGUGGAAUAUAUCCGAAUCGAGAAAGAAGGUAAAGUUUCCGACGAGCUGGCUCUCGGGGUACGACUGCUGGAUUUCCCAACGCUGCUCAUUUAUCAGCCUCCGCAGAGCAGCGACGGCAUUAACCAACAAGAACACCACGGAAAGGGUCAGCAGGGAGAGUAUACUUUUAACAGAGGGAAGUCGUGUCUCUUCAAAAUGAACCUGAACUCACUGCAUAGCCAUCUAUCUAACACCCCUCUCUAUGCUAUGGUUUUGGAUGUGAAUGAGGAGAUUCCGAAAUUAGUCGGGACCUCACUCAUCUCGCUGGCUAAAGUGAUGAAGAGAAUAAGGCAGGAUGUGACUAAACAUGGCGUUUCUACUCCCUCUUCUCAUUGUGAGAGGGGGCUUGUUGGUAUAUGCAACCUCCUGGGGGAGAAAGUUGGAUCAAUUUCCCUGACUUAUAAACUGCUAAGCCUGGGAGCUAGUUUACUGCCACAUAUCACAGAAAGAAGGAGCUUUAAAAGCACCAGUGUACAUGGAGGACAACAUGUACAAGAGAGCGUCAUGGAGAACAACACAUCUACAGAAGUUUUGCCUCUGUGCAAUGUCUGUUCAACCACACCUGGCAAGUCUGACCUAAACAUCCACAGCAACAGACCAUCAGAUGAGAAUAGCCUGAUAAGUGAGGAUAAACAGGACAGCGACGUUUGCGUUGCCAUGCAGGCACAAAGCCAAAUAAAAGACACUGAAAGAAGAAGUUCUGAAGAAGACUUAACUAUAUUUUGUCCGCCACAUCUCUUCUACAGUAAUUCUGAGAAGAAAAGCAAAAAUGAAGAAGGGGAUUGCAAAUUACUGAAUCUAGACAUAGAGGCUUUUACAUUUGAAGACACAUGCUCAGAAGAAAAUAAAACUGAAGGCACAAGUUCUCCAAUGAUAGACCAGAGAGCAAGACAUGAUGUUAAAACAUCAAGAAACCAACAGACAAGUGGGGAGACUCCAAAUGUCCUCGGGGAAGCCUUGCGACAGUUGCCUCUGCUAAAUGCUCUUCUUGUUGAGCUGUCACAGUUGAAUGACCAGAACCCACACCAGCCCUUGUCUAUUCAUCCCAGUCUUGCUUGGAUUUACAGGCCUGCUUCCACAGAGCCUUCAGCUGGGCAUGGAAACACUGCACCAAAGGUGCAAACCAAAUCGUUACAGAAAACCAGACCGGGAACUAGUCCCCAUUUAAUUUAUUUACAUUCCCCCAGAAACUGCUCUACACCUUUAGUGAGGCCUGCAUCUGUAAAAGUGAAAGACAAACAACAAGAGGCUUUGAUUGAGAGUAAAAGCUCCAGUAAAUCUCCCAGAAAGAAGCUCGUAUAUGGUACAACUAAAACAUUUAAUCUGAGGCUGAAACAAGUUUCUCCUCUUAAAGUAAACCGUCGCGACUGUUUGGAAAUAACACAGAAUGAAACGCAGUCAAGUAAAGGAAAGACAAAGUCAUGUAUUAAGAUUGCGAAGCUCAAGAGAAGGAAAUCAGUAUUAAAUCAGAGCUCCAGUCUGAAUGAAAAUAUUGAGACAAUGAUACAAAGCACCACUGUGCACUCUGCACGACAAGAAACAGUCACACUAAAACAGAAAAACCUGCAAGGGAAAUUUCAUGGUGAACAAGACAUAAACUCUCUGAGAAUUUCAGAAAAUCCUGCCCUUCCUGAGGGAGGCUUGAAAUGCAUUCACAUCCCCAGCGUGGAUAGUGACGCCGUUGCUCGAAACAAAGACAAGAAUGAGCAUCACAGUGAAUCAAAUCAAUCUGAAUAUGUCAGUCACAGAGAGAAAAUUGAAUCUUCAGGAAGCAGCGGACGUAGCAGCCCAAAUUCUUCACUUUCAGGCUCCAGCUGUGGAGGAAAUGAGGAGGCAGACUAUGCUGAUGACUUUAACAGCCUUGAGCCCAGCGAUGCCUACUCCCCUGACCCCGGGAGUAGCCCCGAGCCCUCCUCCAGAGCCAAGACGCCCAGCAAGACUCCUGUCCGCCCAGACCUCUACAACUCUGACUCUGAGGGUUUCCAGAGGAGAGCGGUCCUCCCUGUGCCUGUCAAAGCCCCCAGCUCUCCACAGCGUGCUCUGAGGGGUACACACAUCAUCCGACCUCGAACCCACGCCUCGGCCCUCAGCUUUUCCUCCGAUGAUGGUGACGGAAAAGGGUACUUACAAAGCGCACCCUCCAGAAAACAGACGGCAGAGAGCAACAGAGUGGAAAGGAGCUCCGGCGCUGAGAGUUUCAUAUCAUCAAGAGGUCAAAGGAGCGCAUCAACCAAGAACAGCGGCCCAGGUCGAGGGGUUUCUGAAGAAUCGAUAUCCUCCUUUGAACCUCUGGAGGCAGAGGAGCUGGAGGAUGAGCUGGGCUCUCUGGAUUUCAGAAAGGAGUAUCAGCAUAUCUCUAAGCUGGUAGCCAACAAGCUCCCUGGUUACACUCUGUAAAGAAAUACAUCAAGGCUACACUCUUUCCCUCAACCAAGUAGUAGUAAUGUACUGUACACAUCUAACAAGUGUGUAAAUUUGCAAACAUGUAAUUAAGUUUUCCUUUAAGUUAGGAUGUCUCACAACCUUUUUGAAUACAAGACAUGCUGUUAGUGGAAAUUGUAAGUCUUAAUCACUCAGUUAAUACUAAGCUACUGGAUAUUUGCAUAAAGUGGCGGACCAUGAGUGCUUUACAUAUAAGAGGAUGGGAAUUCUCUCUAUGUGAAUAUGCAAAUUGUUUUUAAGCUCUUGUUUCCAGUAGAGUUGUCACAAGCUGAAAAUCUCCCAGAGCUCCUAGGGAAGCUCUUGAUUUCAGGGUAUUUUCUUUAAAUAUCAGCUCCUUCUUUGCACUUCUCCCUUGAUAUUAUUUGAUAAGCAAAACAGAGACAGCUAUUUCGUGCACUGUGCUGUGUUUUGCGUGACUCAGUUAAGGAUUUCUAUUGCAGGUUUCAGUGGGACAAUGAAACCUUACUAAUUUGCAGUGGUGGGAAUGUAUUAUUGAUUUGAUUUACUGAAGUACUUCAAUUAACUAGAAUUUUAAGGUACUUGUACAUUGAGUAUAUCCGUUUUAUGCUACUUUGUAAUAAUAUUCCGCAACAUUUCACAGAGAACUUUUUU